UCCCGAGAAAAAGGGACGCACAUAUACUCUAAAGUUCUUCGGCAACUUCGAAGGUGAAAUCAGUUUUUAAGCAGCAUUUACAAGCGAACCCCGAGUAAUCUGUACGGCAAGGGAUUUUAUUUCUGUUUGUAAGCGUUUCACAUUCAGGCAGUAGAAUUGAGGAUCGCUCUUGUAUCUACCAUCAUGGAGCCAGCGUUUGGAGAGGUAAACCAGUUGGGAGGUGUAUUUGUCAACGGCAGACCACUGCCUAAUGCCAUUAGACUGCGGAUAGUUGAACUGGCCCAGCUGGGAAUCCGACCUUGUGAUAUCAGUAGACAGUUAAGAGUUUCACAUGGCUGUGUCAGUAAAAUCCUAGCUCGGUACAACGAGACUGGUUCCAUAUUGCCCGGUGCGAUCGGUGGGAGCAAGCCCAGAGUGACAACCCCCACGGUGGUCAAACACAUUCGAGCAUACAAGCAGAGAGACCCAGGGAUUUUUGCGUGGGAGAUCCGCGACAGACUCUUGGCAGAUGGUGUCUGCGACAAGUACAACGUUCCCUCCGUCAGCUCCAUCAGCAGAAUCCUUCGGAACAAGAUCGGGAACUUGUCCCAGCAGAAUCAGUACGAGUCAAGCAAGACUCCGGUGCAUCCGCCUCCACAGUCGGCUCUUCAGUAUAAUGCAAUUUAUUCCUAUUCUAGUCCCAUCACAACGGCUGCAGCUAAAAUACCGUCGUCGCCCGGUGUGCCCGCCAUUCCAGCGCACAUGGGAAUUCACAGGACCUGGCCUUCAUCGCACUCCGUCUCCGAUAUCCUGGGCAUCAGAACAUUAAUUGAGCAGCAAGGUGCUAUUCCCAUUAGUGACAGUUCUUCUUAUCCUACUAAAGUGGAAGAAUGGAACAGUAUAAACAGGAGUCACUUCCACUCCUCAAACCAGUCUGCAGUGAAUGGACUGGACAAGUCCCCACUGGAGCAGGAAGUCAAAUAUACUCAGGGUCCCAAUGGUUUGCCUGCAGUUAGCAGCUUUGUUUCAGCUUCAACUAUGGCUCCUUAUCCUCCACCCACACAAGUAUCUCCCUACAUGACAUACAGUGCAGCUGCUUCCAGCUACAUGGCAACCCACGGCUGGCAGCAUGCGGCUGGCAGCACAAUAUCAACGCACAGUUGCGACCUUCCCACACCAGUGCCAUUUAAAAGCAUUCAAGCAGCUAGAGAAGGUAGCCAUUCGAUUGCAGCCUCUGCAUUGUAGUGCACAUUUAAUUACAAUUCAGCGUCUUAAUCCCAGCAUCAGAACAAACAUAGCGAUAGCUCUGAUAAACACAGACAAAAGGAAAUGCCUGAUGUGUGGCAAUUUCAAUAACUUUAUUUAGUUUUCUCAAGUGAGCUAUUGGAUUUUGAAUCGGCAUGAGACAAAACAAAACCCACCCCUCACCUUAUGCCUGUAUUUAUGUCUUCCAUGGGAUGCAGAUGGUAAUAUAAUUGUCAUUUUGCAAGCAUAAUAAGGAUCGAAUCAUACUUCUGUAACCAUCCAGAGAUGAUGAAACCAAGAGCUACUUAUCACAUGAGAAUAAUGCUGAGUGGAAUUUAAUGUAAGUCAUUUCAUUUAAAGAGAUCUCAGAUUCUUAAACAUUCCUCCUCUUAAGCCACUGUUUCCUAACAUUUAGACAUAGAACAAUAUUGAUUGCAGCCCCAUCAAAUUAUUGUGGUUUGGACUGUUCCAAAUGUCUGCUUGAUCAAGAUAUUCUGGUGGCAAGUGGUCUUUUUGGGAGCAGGUAGCUGCAAU